AUGAUACAACACAUCUCUAGCACACGCAGACAAGAUAAAAUCUCUCUUCAAAUCAAUGGAAAUCUUAUCGAAUACACCGUCACUAGGAAGAUAUUCGAAAACAUAGUUGACCCUCUUAUCUCACGAACUAUUGAUAUUGUUCGUAAACUUCUUAAAGAACACAAUGAUAUCAAAGUCGAAUACAUACUUUUAGUUGGUGGUUCAUCUCUUAUCUACCGUGUCAAAGAAUGUCUUGAAGACGAAUUUUCAAACGACAAUAUCAAAGUUCUUAACUCAGUUGAUCCACUCACCGCUGUUUGUAUUGGCGCAUCUCAAAAAUCAUUCUUCGAAUUUGUGAAACACAACACGGAGACUAGAAGAAUUAUCCCUAAAAGUUUCCCGAAACAAAUGAUUGAAUCUGUAUCAAUUACAUAUGGAUACCUUUGUUAUGAAAAUUUAUUGAACGAAUAUUCUUAUUAUCCAAUGAUUAAGAAAGGAUCAAAACUUCCAACAGAACCAGUCAUAAAUAUUGCAACUACCCAGUUUGACAAUCAAAAGGAAAUAUUGAUGGCUGUUUUACAAGGAGAAAGUUAUGAAGAUUCUAAAGAAAUAGGCAGAUAUAUUAUCACUGGAUUAACAGGGAAAAUGAAGGCAAGAGAAGAAAGUGUCAGGGUUACUUUCCAAGUUGAUGAACAAAACUGUUUGCACAUGACAUUCGAAUUAUUAGAUGUUGAAGGAGGAAAGGUGCAGACAAUGGAUCUCGAUGUCUCAAAAUUUCUUCCACGUGUUGAAGCUGAGAACAAAUUGACAAAUAUGACUCCAGAGCAGAUUGAAGAAAGCAGAGCGAGGAUUGGCGUUAACCAAAGAAAUCUUGAUGAAGAACUUGGAGAAUUAGAAGAUAGUUUUAAGAAAUACCUCAAAAAAGCCAAAAAUCAAUCGAAUACUAAAGCUAUCGAAAUUUGCAAAGAAAAUCUUAAUUUAAUUGAGGAAGCUUUUGUUGCAGAAGAUGAAGAUUCUAUGAAAAAGUAUGCAGACAAAAUCAAACAGUCAUUGAUAUCAUUUGAACGACAAUAUCGAGAUUUAUGUCACUAA